GGACGCGGCGCCGCCGCCGCGCAGAGCAGCAGCAGCCGCGGCCGGAGCAGCGGGAGCGGCCGGAGCCGAGCCCCGAGCCCCGAGCCCCGAGCCCGCAGCGGGGGAGCCGAGCGGCGCCGGGGGCGGCCCGGGGGCGGCGUUCCUUGUGGGGAGCCUGGAAGAACCUUCAGUAGAGCUGCUAACACUGAUGAGAGAUCUUUUAUGCCAAGGUCGUCGCUCUCUGAACAGACCACACCAUGCGUGAGUACAAGCUGGUGGUCCUUGGUUCAGGAGGUGUGGGCAAGUCUGCUCUGACUGUACAGUUCGUUCAGGGAAUUUUUGUUGAAAAAUAUGACCCAACAAUAGAAGAUUCAUACAGAAAGCAAGUGGAGGUAGACUGUCAGCAGUGUAUGCUGGAGAUCCUCGACACAGCAGGGACAGAGCAAUUCACAGCCAUGAGGGAUCUGUACAUGAAGAAUGGGCAGGGGUUUGCACUAGUAUAUUCUAUAACAGCACAGUCCACGUUUAACGACCUCCAGGACCUGCGGGAACAGAUUUUACGGGUUAAGGACACUGAAGAUGUUCCCAUGAUCCUGGUUGGCAAUAAAUGUGACCUGGAGGAAGAACGAGUCGUGGGCAAAGAGCAGGGGCAGAACUUAGCACGACAGUGGUGUAACUGUGCCUUUCUAGAAUCGUCUGCAAAGUCGAAAAUCAACGUAAACGAGAUCUUUUAUGACCUGGUCAGACAGAUAAAUAGAAAAACACCAGUGGAAAAGAAGAAGCCUAAAAAGAAAUCAUGUCUGCUGCUUUAGACUCCCAUCACGCAGCAGCUCUGAGCCAGAUUGCAGGAAUGAAGAACUGUUGCCUAAAUGGAAAGUGCCAGCAUUCCCAACUUCAAAACCUUAUGGAAAUGAGUAACAUAUCGGAAGAAGCUUCUCCUGUUUUUUAUAUACUGCGGGAAGAAUUUAGAUCUGGAAAAUGGUUUGCACACAGUCCCUGGAAAAAGCAGUUGCUCUGUGUAUAUCUCUUGGAAAUUUAAGCCAAUAUUCCUCCUCCUUUGCAAUAGCAAUUAACAGAUGUGAAAAUAAAUAUAAUUGACUCUAGCAUAUGAUUAUCCCAAGGAGCAUGGAUGCAUUUCAAAUGUUAGAGAUUGCUAUUAUAAUUAAAAUUCAUAUUGACCAUUUUAUCAUAAUUUCUCCCCAUCAAGCACUAAAAAUUUUCCACUGUUAUAUUUUAUAUCUAUAACUAUAGAUAUAUAUUAUCCAAAAUUUCCCUUUGAACUCACUGCAACAAAUAACUUUUUGAGUCAUUGACUUCAUUUUAUAUUUAAAAGUUACGGAACAUCAUUAUUUUCAUUCUGCCAUUGUAUUCUAAUUAAAAAUGUUUGUGCAUAAUGCUUUGGAAAAAUGGGUCUUUUAUAGGAAAAAAACUGGGAUAACUGAUUUCUAUGGCUUUAAAAGCAAAAAAUAUAUAAUAUACUAAACCAACUCUAAUAUUGCUUCUUGUGUUUUACUGUCACAGAUUAAAUUACAGCUUUUAUGAAUGAUUAAAUUUUAGUACAUUUUCA